CGUUGAACGCAGGUAGUGUUGAAACGGUCGUCAAAAGAACCGCACGUAACCGAUGUUGUACGGUUCGCGAUUUACACGAGAUACACGGAUUUGAAACCACGGAUCUUUGCGCAAGCGACGAAAGUGAUGUGCUAGCACAAAGGGCUCAAGUGAAGGGAUCUCUAAAAAAUCCGGAACAAAAUGGUACAAAGCGAGAAAAAAGGCGACAUCGUCCUGAAACAUGUCAAAACAGACAACUUUAGUUCUACGGCAAACCUAACUUCGAACACUGGUUUUCAAUCUACAUUGAGUCUCGGCUCUAAAGAAAUCAUUAAUGAGAAACCAUACAAACCGUUCGAACACAGAAAUGUCGAACACCCGAAUUCAACAAUUGGCUCUCUGGUCCAUCUACUCAAGUCUUCCCUUGGGUCUGGUAUCCUGGCGAUGCCAGCCGCCUUCAAGAACGCAGGCUUGGCAGCGGGAGCCAUUGGCACCAUCGUCGUCGGGUUCAUCUGUACACACUGCGUUUAUGUACUUGUGAAAACAUCGCAAGAGGUGUGUGUGGAGGCGAAGAAACCGUCUAUGGGAUUUGCUGAGACUUGUGGUGCUGCCUUCGAAUUCGGCCCGAAGAGGCUCAGGCCUUGGGCAAAUUUUGCCAGAACAUUCAUCGAUUACGCGUUGACCUGCACAUAUUUGGCCGCACUCUGUGUUUACGUCGUGUUCAUAGCUGAAAACUUCAAAGAGGUCUUAGAUGAAUACAUUCCCGACUACAAAUUGUCAGUGGAGGCGUACUGCGCGCUCACCCUGGUCCCUCUUGUCCUCAUCUGCCAAAUACGGAACCUAAAAUGGCUGGUGCCUUUCUCGGCUAUCGCCAACGUGUUCCUCGUCAUCUGCUUCUCAAUCACCAUGUAUUACAUCUUCAGUGGUCUGCCCAAUCCUGCUGAACGGGAAAUGGUCGCCAGUGUUACCCAGUGGCCUUUGUUUAUAAGUACCGUAAUUUUCGCCAUGGAAGGCAUUGGCGUGGUAAUGCCAGUUGAGAACGAGAUGGCCAAACCAGAACAGUUCCUGGGGUGUCCUGGAGUCCUGAAUGUAGCUAUGACAGUGGUUAUAUCCUUAUACGGCAUCGUCGGCUUCUUCGGGUACAUCAAGUAUGGAGACGACGUGCGGGGAAGUGUCACCCUGAAUUUGCCGCAGGACGAAGUGUUGGCUCAGAGUGCCAAGAUAUUGAUGGCCCUAGCGAUCCUCUUCACAUACAGCCUUCAAUUCUACGUGCCCAUGGAAAUGAUCUGGAGACAGAUUCACGACAAAAUUGCGGUGCGGUACCACAACAUUACCCAGAUUGGUAUCAGAACAGCUGCUGUCGUUGGAUCAGUUGCUCUUGCCGCCGCGUUCCCCGACUUAGAACUUUUCAUCAGUCUCUGCGGCGCUAUCUUCUUAUCCAGUCUUGGUCUUCUCACUCCAGCUAUCGUCGACACAGUCCACAAGUGGGAUAGAGGCUUGGGCUUCGGAUACUGGGUCCUUUGGAAGAAUAUCUUCAUCGCCAUAAUCUCUCUGAUUGCUCUAUUCGCCGGAUCUUAUACGUCCAUCAGAGGUAUGGUUGAUAAAUUCGGUCAAACGCCUGUUCUGGAAAUGGCGGCAAAUGUAACGAGUUCGGUAAAUUCUACGCUAGUGUGAAAGAGACUUAUCCAGGUCGUUAGAUCAAGUUCGGUUAGAUGAAUAAAUAAGCUGUUUUAAACAAAAUGUAACAUCGGCCUAUUUUAAUUUUAAGAUAGGAAAAUACAGACUCUUUUGUAUAAUUUGUUACCUACCUGCCUGUUUUCAGUAACCUAUUGACGUCGUGUGUUUAAUAUUUCUUUAGAAUUUUUGAAAAGAAUAUACAACAGCAGCCACGUAUAUUUAUGUGUGUCUAAUAUCCGAGCUGGGCGCACAGCUGUUUGAUGCGACAAAUGACACGCACACAAAGCGUAACGGUGACAGCGAGUUUUUCACGGUUGGCAUCAUGGUACAACAAACGCUUUGAAAUGUUUUAAUUCAUAUUCAUUUAUUUGUGCACGUACGUCAUACAGAUUUCCGGUCAAGUAAAAAAAGUUAUACAGAUCUCCCACCUAAUAUAACUUUUAAAUAUAGAACUAUCACGAAGCACAACGCGUCAAACUGUCGUGCGCCUUAAAAUUACUAGUUAUAAAACAGACAUUAAUUAAAUAAUUCUACUUUUUAUGCGCGAAUGUGGAGUAAGCAAGAGAAUGGAAUUCCAUAGUCUCUACUUACUCCGGUGGGAAAUAACCGUGAGUUUAUGUUUGUUCUAGUUUUCAUUAAUUUACAUUAAUUUCUUAAGUAGAUAUAAUAUUGAAUUAGCCCAAGAUCAGCCUCUUAAAUUAUGUAAGAUUAAUUAUAACUGUAUUUAAAACUUUUGGACAGAAUCAGAAUCAUUUAUUCAACGUAAUUAUCAUGGAUAAACUUGUUGAAGGUCAAUGUAACAUUUUUGAAUUUACGUCAUUUCGCAAGGUGUUAUGGCUGAGGAGAAGAAAUGACAAGAAACUGCAACAGCAACACAUCUUUUAAAUCAAUGAGGGUACAUUACAAGUUAUUUAAUAACUAGAGGAACACAUUCAACUAGACUAUUUGCAUUUGCAUUAGACUAUUUGCGACAUUCCAAUUUUCGAGAAUAUAAAGAGUCUUUAAGACUAUAAACUUUAGAAUAAGAUUGUAUUUUACAGUUACAGGCUAUAGGCGGAAUAGGUUAACUAAUAGGUUGUGAUUUUGAACUCCAUAAAUAUGUUAUCUUAACAUUGUUAAGGGAAUUUGAAUGCUUAUAAUAACAAAACACAAGUGACCAAGUGAAACGAUUGAGCCUCAGUGAGAUUAUAUUUUUGUAUCUGUUGUCUUUUCCAUAAUGUAAAAAAUAUAUUUUUGUACCGUUAAACUAAAUCAUGAAAAAAAAAUUAAAAUGGUAAGUACACGUAAGUAUAAAAUAUUUUAUGUUCGGCAAAAAACAAGCCGCUGGGUCAUUUAAAACUAUUAUUAUUAUAUUAUUUAUAUUUAUUACCAAGUAUUAUUUUUGUCGUUAGAACUAGCCAUAUAUGGUGUGAUUUAUAAUAAAAUAGUUAAUAAAUAAAUAAAAAACAUAGACAUAAAAUUCAAAUUAUUUAAAAUAAAGCUUACCAUUUGUUGAGAUUUUCUACUCGUAUUUCUUAAUAAGUAAUUAGGUAAGUUAACUGGAAGUACAUUUUCUGUUUAUAAAGUGUCAUUAGAUUUUAAUGAAAUAAUGCAUAUGUGAUUUUAAAAUUGCGGUAGAGUUAAACGACUUCCCAUCUAUUUUAAAUAAUGUGGAUUUAAAACUUUUACUUUUUAUUAUUUUAUUUAUAUUUAUGUUAUGUCUUUAUUUUUAUAAUUAAAUCUUAAAUAGGAUUUCCAAUUAUUUUUUUAUUUUUGUGACUUUCAUUUUAUUUCUCUUUGACUUAAUUAAAAUAUCAUUUCAGUAAGUACAUAAUAAAUGUUAGUACAAUUUUGACCGUAGUAUUUAAACGUUAUAAGAUAAAAUGAACAUGCAAAUGUGAUAUUUAAUUUUAUAAAUUUAUUUGUAAAUUUUAAUUUAAAUCUUUAGAUAAGUAAUCUAUUUUUAAUACAAUAAAAUUAACAUUUUUAAAUA